GGAGGAACGGCUUUUCUAUUGCCCGAAUGGCGACAGCAGUUUGCUACGUUUCUUAGGGAACGUGUGCAACAAGGUGUAGUUGGGUCGUCCUCAGGACCGGCACUUGCUGCCGGAGCAGAAAGUAGUACUGUCAGUGACAAUACGAUUCGCAAGAUUAUGGGUGUAGGGAAUUCAUCUCCCAAGUCGUGUGGAAGAAGAAAACAAGAACAAAAAGAGAGCCAGACGAUUCCUGAGAUGAAUUCCGUAUACCUCUAACAAGAACAAUGAUGUGCUUGCUUCGCUGAACAUAGACAAAGAACAUGAAGUAAUACCUACAACGACAACAACGUCUAGUGCGGGACGCCGCGUUCGAACACGGACUGCGGCAGAAGUGCUUGAGUCCAUAGACAAACUACAAUCUACUGCAGUAGUCCUUCCUACAACGACCACGUACGAUGCUAGUCAGGAUGAUAAGACCAUUCUCACUCCAGCAACUGCAGUACUACUCUCUGCCAAUCUGCAGAAUCAAGAGAGUUGUACUACUUCUAGUGGCACAACUACAUCUACAUCUACUUCCUCAUUAUCAAGUCGCUCCUCAUCAUCUAGCACUUCUAGUCGGAAACAACCCCCCGAGCAUAGAUUAAGGGACGGGCCUCUUUCCCAGAUGAUGCGAAAGACAGCAGAAACUAGGAAAAUAGGAGACACUGAAGUGGGGGAUGAAGAUACAACUAAUAUUUUGAAGGGUGGAACACCAGCUACCCCUUCAUCCGUGAUCAGCACUAAUGCAGCAACGGCUACUUUCGGGACGUCUGGUGACGUCAGCAGUACAGUCUUAGUUACUGGUGGCACAGUCUUAGUGGAAGCACCCUCAAGUACUACUGAGGCAGCACUUUCCUCGAGGAAUAAUCAAGUAGGACCACAAGUAGUUCUACAAGACGGAAUCCAAGCCACAGCCAUCGCCAACAACGCGAUGCUGUCUAGACCGGUGACGAAAGACGUCAGUACUGCUUCUAGUGCGAAUGCUUUGCUUCCAAGCAGCACGCUUCAGGUGAGACGCGGACAAGAAGCCGUGCCUCUGGCAUUGCAAGAGAAUCAAAUGCAAGCCACGCGUAUACCAGGCGGAUCGUCAACCUCCACGAUGCAGGCGACACGUAUACCAGAGGGAUCGUCAACCUCCACGAUGCAGGUGAUCAAUUCCAGCAUAGCGCCUGUUGUGGGAGCAACAGCAUCCGCCUCUGUUGUACCAAAAACUUUAAGUACUAGCGAAAAUGACGGAAAUUCGCAAUCGCUUGCGCCUCGUCUAGGUUCGGCGACGGUGGAUGUCGCUCUUACAACGGC